UGUCAACUGUUUUCAUUCAAGAACGUGUGCAUUCGAAAUUAUUAAGAUAUAUUAGAAAUUAGACUGAAACGGGAAAUUCUAUAUUUUGGUAGUGGGAAGAUAAAAUGCGUCAACGUACUCUCACUGUUUAUACGUCAUACGUCGCGCAGGUGCAGUAGAUUAAAAUAUGGGUUUGUGUUCGUAUGAUAUAAGUGGGAAUUUUAGCACUUAUAUGUAUAGUAUUGUAUAUGUACACAUAUAAUGACGUAGAUAAGUAAUUCCGUAAAUUGUAUACUAUAUUGUGACAAAUAUUUAAUUUGCAAAUGUUUUUACCUAACGUAUUUUUAUAAUUAUCUUGAAAUGGCAAACACAUAUGAUGAAAUGAACGUCUGUGAACACCAGUACACUGGUCGGAUCAACCCAUUGAGUGACGAUAACCUUAUGUUUGAAGAGGAUGCACGAUCUUCCGUGCCUCUGUUGGGCAACAGCGAAGAACCUGCUACUUUCUGUGUUAAAUGCAGUCCCAUGCCCAGCUCCUGCAGAUACAUGAAUUACGAGUCCGAAAUACGAAACCCCGUAGGACUAACAGAAUGGGACAGUAAGAACGUAUUUUCCCAUGAAUGUAAUGGACGGCUUGACACAAUGUUCAACAGCUCACUAGCACCACAAUACCUGAUUACUUCUGCAGCAGAUGGAGCAGAUAUGCCGCUGCUUACUGAUGGAUUGCAGGAGGGAUUUUGUAAUGUAACAGUGAAUCCCUCCAGCAUCAAUGGUGAUGAACUAGACCACUGCCAUGUGGCAGCAGCACCAUUGCAUGGCAACUCUAAAGCAUGGCAACAGCUUCUUGCAGCCACAUUCAUGUGCCUUCUCUUCAUGAUUGUAGAAGUGGUUGGUGGCUAUUUGGCAGGAAGCUUGGCUGUCAUGACAGAUGCAGCUCAUCUGCUUUCCGAUUUUGUGGGCUUUCUGGUCAGUUUGUUUGCCAUCUGGAUUGGUAGACAAGCCCCAACAAGAAGAUUCUCAUUCGGCUACUUUAGAGCUGAGAUCCUGGGGGCAUUGCUAAGUAUUGCCAUCAUUUGGGUCAUGACUGUGGCAUUUAUAUAUCUCGCAAUGCUGCGAAUCAUUCACCAGGAUUUUGACAUACAGGCUGACACCAUGAUGAUUGUAGCUGCUAUAGGAGUUGUUGUCAACAUUAUAAUGGGCCUUGUGUUACAUGGAGCCAGCUGUAGUAAUGGCCAUCGUCACAGUCACCAUGUCCAGCUGGAACAAAGAAAUGGACACAACAAACAGCACAACAUUAAUGUUCGGGCAGCAGUGAUCCACGUUCUGGGUGAUUUUAUCCAGAGUGUUGGUGUUCUUGUGUCAGCCUUAAUCAUUAAAUUUUAUCCAGAAGUGAAGUUAGUGGACCCUAUCUGCACUUUACUGUUCUCCUUAUUGGUUCUUACAACAACACUUCCAGUUUUGAGGGAUGCUACCCACAUACUGAUGGAAGGCUUCCCACGACAUCUUGACUAUACAGCUAUUGCCACCAACCUCCAUGCUCUGGAUGGGGUUAGGGCAGUGCACAACCUGCAUGUGUGGUCACUCACACUCAACAAGAAUGCCUUAGCUGUUCAUCUUGCUGUUGAUCAGGCAACAGACUCGGACCUUGUGCUGAAGCAGGCUCUUACCUUGCUGCAAAGAAAGUUUGACAUUCACCAUGUAACUGUGCAGGUGGAACGCUACUGUGCUGCCACCAUGCAGGACUGUCUACAAUGCCAGUUUUCAAGACCUGCGUCACUGUGAGUGGAUGAAAGUUUGGUCCACUAUUCUGUGUGUUACCAGGCAUCCAUGGUAUUAACCUGAUUCCACAGCAUCUGAAAGGCAAAGCAAACAAUACAAGUCAUAAGCUUAGUUGUACUCUUUUUUGGGGCAUAAAUCUUUCUAUAUUUCAAAUUAUCAGGGGAUAUGGCUGCAUGUUGGAAUGACAAAUGCUCCUGCUGAUGAAGGUACUGACCACUCCAUGCACAUUGGUUUCCAACCAAUAUGUGUUGUGUGCUGAAGUGUUUCAUUUUUAUCCUGUUCAAUUUUUGUAAGGAAUUGUGUUUACAGAGUUAUAAUAAGUGUAUAUACCGGUAAAAUAAGUUGCACUGCCAGUUCAGUGUUUGUAGGAUAGGUAGUACAGAAAUUAACCACCACAUGGACCACAGGAGGAAGGGUAGGGGUAUUAUUUACUCUGCCCUAUAAACACUGUGGAAAUUAAUAUAAAAUGUUUAUGGGUUUAUGUGAUAAUACCAUUCUUGAGGAGAGAAUGUAAUCUUAUAUUUGAUUGUUUUGUAGUUCUGAUUAUGUUGAUGGGAGUGCAAGUACUUGCUUAUAUAUAGACAAAAUGCAAGCAUCAAUGACAGAUUAUUGAUACUCAUUUUAACAUAAGGAGUCAGUUUUUUAUGUUAUUUUCUGUAAAGACUGUGACAAGUAUUACUGUUACUUAAAUUAAACUGUUACAACUGUUCACAUUAUCAUGCAUCAAGUAUGAAUAUUAUAAGGAACAUUUAUGUAUGUUUUACAUUUCUGAUGCUGAAGAAAUUAAAUAUUAUGGCUUGGGUUUAGAGGUGUAUUCCAAGUCUCCCAUAACAACCAAUGUCAGAAUUAUAUUUUUACUGUGAACAUGGUAAGUUAUAGAAUCCCCUGACAAUACAAAAUUAAACCUGCACUGUAUUUAGUUUUGGUGGCUGUUAAUUUGCAUGUGUAGGGUGAACUGAAGACCAAAAUAUUCACUAUUAACAAUGUCCAGUGAAAUUCAAUAUCAUUUUUAUUAUAAUUCACCAAUAAAUAAUAUUUAGUUACAUGUGGCAA